CUUGGGGGGAAGCAUUCAGUAAACUCUGGACAUUGACCAGAUCGUGAGACUUGUUAGACAUGAGAAUUUUGUUUCUCACGGUGUUAGCGGGGCUGCUGGCCUUGGCCGUGUGCGAGAAGAAAAAGCACGUUACAAGUAAGGAGGUCGAAAAUGCCGGGGAGAAAAAGCAGGAUAAGCGUGGACUGAGUCACAUCGAGGGAGACUUUGGGGGACACGACGGCGGCUACGGCGACGGUGGCGGCUUUGAAAUUGCCCACGGCGGAGAUCUCGGCGGUGGAGAUAUCGGCGGCGGAGAUAUUGGUGGCGGUCAUGAUAUUGGCGGUGGUUACGGUGGUGGUUAUGAUGGUGGUUACGGCGGUGGCGGUGGCGGUGGAGAUGACGGUGGCAAGAUCAAACAGAUCACGAUCGUGAAAACUGAAAAGGUGCCCUAUCCGGUCGAGAAGAAGGUUCACUACCCGGUAGAGAAAGAAAUACCAUACCCAGUUAAAGUGCCGGUACCACAGCCCUAUCCGAUCGAAAAGAAGAUUCCCGUGCCGGUGAAGGUUCUGAUAAAGGUACCGGUUCACAUACCACAACCUUAUCCGGUUGAGAAGAAGGUGCCCUAUCCAGUUCACAUACCGGUGGAAAGACCAGUACCCUACAAAGUAUACAUCCCUCAGCCAUAUCCGGUCGAGAAGAAGAUACCGUAUCCAGUGAAGGUUCCAGUACCGCAGCCAUUCCCGGUAGAGAAGCCCGUGCCGUACACUGUGAAAGUUCCGGUGCACGUCGCGCAGCCCUUCCCCGUGGAGAAGCCAGUACCGGUACCCGUGACAGUGCCCGUCGAACGACCUUACCCAGUACACGUGGCUAAGCCGUACCCAGUUCCGGUUGAAAAACCAGUACCCUAUCCGGUCGAGAAGAAGGUGCCCUACCCGGUCAAGGUUCAUGUCGAGCGACCAGUAGGAGUACCAGUAGUGAAGCCAGUGCCCGUUCAUGUUAAGGUACCAGUACCGGCGCCGUACCCGGUGGAGAAGCCGGUGCCCUACGCGGUCGAGAAACCCGUGCCCUAUGCCGUAAAAGUGCCUGUUGAACGACCCGUGCCAGUUCACGUGACGAAGCCGGUGGCCGUGCCGGUGCCCAAACCGGUACCGUAUCCCGUAAAAGUGCCGGUGGCAGUACCGGUACAUGAGCACGACUCCGGAAGCUCAGGCGGUGACGACUACGAGUCCAGCUUCGGGGGAUACUCGGGAGGAUACUCGGGGGGAUAUUCGGGGGGAUAUUCGGGGGGAUACCAUUAAUAUUAAAAAGCGUAACAGUGAAGGAUUUUCCAUUUCGGUUCGAAGAAAAAUUGAGAAGAAGAAUCGAGAGAAGAAGAGAAAAUGCGUUGAAAUGAAUAAUAGUCAAAAGAGAAUUUGUUAAUUCGACUCAACGCGAUUUCGACCGCGAUGUUGUAUAUAAAAGCAUUAAAAUGUACAUAUAUUCGUGCGAAAAAUUGGAAGCAUAGACCAUCGUGUGUUAUAAAUUUGUAGAAAUUAAAUUCGAGGAGGAGAUAUAGACGGAAUCCGAAGAAGGAUCGACCUUGGCAAAUUCUCCACUGCACCGUACGAACGGACGCGUCGACGUGGACAUCACGGAAUAUCGUUCGGAUAACACACUUCUACUGUAUAUUUUUUUCUCAAUCGCAUUGCGUCGAGGAGGAAAAAAAAACCAUAGGAGCAAUGUGAUUUUUGUAACGCGGUCAACGGCUGAUCUUUUGGACACGGAAGCGUUAACGAAGCGUUUCCUCGGAUACUCGCGGAUCUCGAAUGUUCCCCGUUCGAGAUGCGAGCCCACGCGAGGAAAACGCGGACGUAUUUAUUUUCCUAACUUAUCGUCGUUCUCGCUGCGGGAUCCGACGAGGAGGAUGAGUUAGCGGUAACAGCCGUUCUGCGCCACGAAGGAUGAUUAUAGGUCUCCCCGAGUCUGCCUAGACAGCGCUAACGAUUUCUUAGAUAUAUAUAUAGUAUCGACACUUAAGUACCUACGAGAACACAUGUACGGUGUCUCUAACGACGUUCGACGGAACAUGUAACGGACGUUUAUGUAUGAUCAUGAUGUCUUUCGCUUCUUUCUAAUAAAACCAAAGAGCAAAA